AUUUUUUUUGUCUUUAGUGAACUAGUUGCAAAAGAAUUAAUUUUCUUUUAUGACUUUAGUGGGGUAGUCUAAGUCAAAAAAGCUUUGGAUCUAGAGCUUUUGAAACUAAUGUGGCGUGGCCAUCGUCACUCAUUGCCGUUGACUCGUCUGUCAACCUUCAAUAUCCUCCAUGGCAGAACAUCUAUUGCAAAUUCGAACGUCUACUUCGACUUCUUCUUCAUCAAGAGCUGUGAUCGCUGCCACUGGCGAUGGUAAGGAAUCUCAACCCCCAAUCUCCUCCUCCAUACAACUCUCUCAAACAUGCCGUCACUUCCAGUUUGCUGAGAUUCUCUUAGCAACCAAUACUUUUGACGAAUCAUUAGUAAUUGGCCAUGGAGGGUUUGGAAAAGUUUACAAAGGCAACAUUAUCAAUGGAUCAAGUGUUAUUGUUGCUGCUGUUAAACGGUUGGACUCCAUGUCCAGUCAAGGGGCAACAGAGUUCUGGUCGGAAGUUGAGAUGCUUUCAAAGUUACGUCAUAGUCAUCUUGUGUCUUUGUUUGGUUAUUGUAAUCAUGAAAAUGAAAUGAUCCUCGUAUAUGAAUAUAUGCCAAAUGGAACACUAGAAGACCACCUCCAUAAACUCGGUACCCCUCUUUCAUGGCUUCAACGACUCAAGAUCUGCAUAAGUGCAGCUCGUGGGUUAGACUAUCUCCACACGGGUACAGGGAUUGAUUUCGGGGUUAUACAUCGUGAUGUCAAGAGCUCCAAUAUUUUGUUACAUGAAAGUUGGGCUGCUAAAAUUUCAGAUUUUGGGUUGUCCAAAAUAGGUCCAACGAAUCAGACAUCAACUCAUGUCAACACACUUGUUAGAGGAACAUUUGGGUAUCUUGAUCCACAUUAUUACGCAACUGGAAGGCUGACAAGGAAGUCUGAUGUGUAUGCGUUUGGGGUUGUGCUGUUUGAAGUGCUGUGCAGGAAGCGUGCUGUGGAUAAAAAUCUUGAAGUAGGCUUGGCAACAUGGGCUCAAGAUUCUAUCAAAGAGGGAAAGUUAAAGGAUAUAAUUGAUUCAGAUAUAAGGGGGCAAAUAUCUACAAAAUGUCUAAAGGGGUUUGUUCGAAUUGCAGAGAGAUGUUUGCUUAGCCAUCCAAAGCAACGCCCUACCAUGGCUGAGGUUGUUUUCAGUCUUGAAUCUGCAUUGACUUUACAAGUCAAAAUCAAUAGUUCCUUUCAAGCUGGUGGCAAAACAAUAUUUGGAAGAAUGUUUGAUAGGUUUCCCUUUUCCUCCAGUUUAGAGAACUCUGCAAACAUAAAUCCAAGGAGUAGUUUUGGUGAGGGAAGUUCUGGAAAGGUUGACAAAAACACUUUGAUAUCUACAAAUCCUGAUGUUGGUAUUAGGAAGCACAAAGAAGAAGGUUUUCAGGGACAUACAGAUACUUCAAGUCUGGGAUCUACAGAAGCAGAUUUUUUCAGUGAAUAUGGUGAAGGGAAUAGGUACAAAUUAUUGGAAGUUAUUGGUAAAGGAAGCUCUGGAAUUGUAUGUUCUGCAUAUGAUACUCAUAGUGGCGAGAAAGUAGCAAUAAAAAAAAUAAAUGAUAUAUUCGAACAUGUUUCUGUUGCUGUUAGCAUCAUUCGUGAGAUUAAGCUUCUUAGGCUUCUUCGUCAUCCAGACAUUGUGGAAAUCAAACACAUCUUAUUACCACCUUCAAGAAGAGAAUUCAAAGAUAUCUAUAUGGUUUUUGAGCUUAUGGAAUCUGAUCUUCAUGAGGUUAUAAAAGCAAACAAUGACUUUACACCAGAACACCAUCGAUUCUUUCUUUAUCAGCUUCUUCGAGGACUGAAAUACAUACACUCAGCAAAUGUAUUUCACAGAGAUCUAAAACCCAAAAAUAUCUUGGCCAAUGCUGAUUGCAAACUCAAGAUCUGUGACUUUGGUCUUUCAAGGGUUGCAUUCAAUCAUCCACCAACUGCAAUAUAUUGGACUGAUUAUGUUGCAGCACGAUGGUAUAGGGCUCCUGAACUGUGUGGAUUAUUCUUUAGCAAGUACACACCUGCUAUAGACAUAUGGAGUAUUGGUUGCAUUUUUGCAGAGAUUCUAACAGGAAAGCCCCUUUUCCCUGGGAAAAAUACUGUUCAUCAGUUGGAUCUAAUGACUGAUCUUCUAGGAACACCAUCACCUGAAACUAUAUCCAAGAUAGGAAAUGAAAAGGCAAGGAGAUACUUGAGCUGCAUGAGGAAGAAAAAUGGGAUUCCUUUUUCACACAAGUUCCCAAAUAAAGAUCCUAUUGCUCUUCGUUUGUUAAAAGAAUGCUUGCGUUUGAGCAUAAGGAUAGGCCUACUACUGAGGAGGCUCUUUCAGAUCCAUACUUUAAGAAUAUAGCUAAGAUUGAGAAGGAGCCUUCUGCUCAGCCAAUUUCAAAGUUGGAAUUUGUGUUUGAAAGAAGAAAAUAUACGGAAGAAGAUGUACGUGAACUGAUUUAUAGAGAGAGAUUCUUGAAUAUCAUCCCAAUAUGUUG